UAUCUAUCGAUCAUUCGAUCAAUAAUAUAUAUAGCUAUAUAUAUAAACCAAUUAAAAGAGUGACAGAAACAAGUGAAUGUAAGGCUAAGUUAGGUAGCUAGCUAGGUGCAGUGCAGGUUCAGGACCAUCCUUUGUAUACCCGACAGCAGGCCGGGCCGGGCCACUCUGCCAUGCCCUGCCUUUCCCUAAACCGUGAUUUCUGCGAUCUCUAUACAUCUAUGUGUAUCUAUCCACACUCACUUUCUUAAUUUCUCUGUUGUUUGACAUUAACUUAGAUUCACAACGCCCACGCACACACUCUUUCUUUCUCUCUCUCUCUCUCUCUCUCUCUCUCUCCCUCUGUCUUGUUUGCAUAACAAGUUGGUGUUAUAAUCCGACAAUAAUAAAGUCACUCACUACACUAGUCAACACAACACACACACAGAAAAGUCAAAAAGAAAACCCAAAACCAACACACCAUAAAUAUUUAUAUUUACGUUUGCUGAUCGAUCAGAAAAUGAUAGAAUCGAUCAAGUACUUGACAGGCACCGUCGGACCAAGCGGCUACGGCUCAAAAUCCACUGCUGAACAAGUGACCGACAACUGUGCCAAUUUAUGCUUCUUGACCGCCAUCAUCACCGGUGCGACAUCCGGAAUUGGUGCUGAGACGGCUCGUGUUUUGGCUAAGCGUGGGGCUCGUAUUGUGAUACCUGCUCGGAACCUGAAAGCUGCCGAGAAAAUAAAGGCUAGUAUAUCCUCAGAGUUUAAUAAUGAUAAUGAUUCAUCACUACAUAUUAUCGUCAUGCCUCUUGAUCUUAGCUCUCUCAAAUCCGUGAGGAAAUUUGUUUCGGAUUUUGAAGCUCUCAAUUUGCCUCUCAAUCUGCUCAUCAAUAAUGCCGGCAAAUUCUCGUACGAUCAUGGCAUAUCGGAAGAUGGAAUCGAGAUGACGUUUGCCACCAAUUAUUUAGGUCAUUUCCUGUUAACGAAAUUGUUGCUGAAGAAGAUGAUUGCAACGGCGAAAACAACAGGAAUUCAAGGACGAAUAGUGAAUGUGUCGUCAGGCAUCCAUACUUGGUUUUCUGGUGACUUGAUUCGCUCACUUGGUCAAAUCACUCGAGAUAAAAGUCAUUACGAUGCAACACGUGCAUAUACAAUCUCGAAGCUCGCUAACGUUUUGCAUACCAAGGAACUUGCUCAUAGACUCCGGCAAAUGGGGGCUAACGUGACGGUAAACUGUGUACAUCCUGGGAUUGUAAGAACCGGACUCACAAGAGAACGUGAAGGCUUCAUCACAGGUACGUACUAUUUCGUAUUCUUUUUAAGUUCGAAGCUCUUGAAAACAAUUCCUCAGGCUGCUGCCACAACAUGUUAUGUUGCAACUCAUCCUGAACUGAACAAUGUGAGUGGAAAAUAUUUUGCGGAUUGCAACGAAGCUUCAAACUCUAAAAUAGGAUACAACCCAAAAGAAGCUGCGCGGUUAUGGUCAUUUUCUGAAAUUAUGGUUUCAACUGACUGGAAAACUGUUUUCGCUCCGUUUUCAGCUGCGUAGAAUAUUAAAUUAAGCAACAUGUAUACAUAUGUUUCUAUAUAUAUUAGACGAUACUUCAAAGCAUCAAAUUAGAAAAAUACUUGAUACUCCAUGAACACAUGUAAAGACAGGUUAGAUGAAGUUUACAAGUUGUAUUUUUCUUAA